AUGGCGAUCCCCUGUUCUCCUGACUGGUCACUCGUCGCUUCUUCUUCUUCACCUUCGCACAUCACUUGCUCCACCAAACCCAAAAGCUUCCCACCAUGUUCCAAACCCAAGAGCUUCUUCUCUUUCCGCCCAAACUCCAACUUCCAUAUCAAAUCGUCCUGCUUCCCGUCUGCUCCAGUGCUGGCAGCAGAAGAGAAAGAAGAAGUAGAAGCACCACCCCCAAAUCUCCGUAGCAAUCACUUCCGGCUUCCAAGAGACUACAACCACCAGCAGCAGCCCUACCCGGCUUCAGAUGCAGAGAAUCUCAACGCAUUUCUUCGUGGGUUGCUUCACGAUCCCAGAACCGAAGCCUUGGCUUACGACCAUUACAGGAAAGCCAAAGAAAACCUACGUUUCAAGCCAGAUAAGUCCGUCGUCAAGUUUCUGGUGAAGUACCUGAUUCGAACCAAGAACUGGGAUCGUUUGCUUCUGCUGCUUUCAGACGAUUUCAGGAGGUACGGUACUCUCCCCGACGCUUACACUUGCUCUACAUUGGUCGAGAACUGCAUCCGAGCUAGGAAAUUCAGAAUUUGCGAACGGUUCCUCGCGAUUUUCCAAUCCAACCCUAAAGUCUCUGGUUUAGCUUUCAAUUCCGCCAUGAAAGGUUACAACAAGCUGCACAUGUACAGCAGCGCGAUUCGAUUGCAUGGUAGAAUGAAAUCGUCUGGAAUCGGUUUGAAUUCUGGCUGCUAUUACCAGGCAAUGAAGGCACACCAGAAAUUGGGCAAUGUAGAGAAAGUGGUUGCCUUGUUUCACGAGUUUGAAUCUGAAGAGCUCGACCCGAAACUAGAAGUGCUGGCCAAAAUUUACAGAGUAUUGAUUGAGUCAUUAGCCAAAUCAGGUAGAGCUUCGGAAGCUCUCGGUUACUUGAGAAGGAAUAAGAAGGAAGAUGGUUUGCUUGUAGAGGAUCCCAAAAUAUACUCUUCGUUAAUAUGCUCAUUUGCCGACUCCAAUCAAGCUCGAGAAGCUGAAGAGCUAUUUCACGAAGCGAUAGAGAAGAAUGCAUUGCGAGACCCAGAGGCAUUCUCGAAGCUCAUCUCGAUGUACAUCGAGCGAGGCCAGGUAGAGAAGACACUCGACCUCGUCAGCACCAUGAGCCACGAUGCAAACCUCAAGGUUACCGAUUGUGUGUUCUGCACGGUGCUGAACGGUUUCGCCAAAAGGCGAGGCUUUUCUGGUGCAAUCAAAGUGUACGAGGAGAUGAUAACCAAAGGGUACGAGCCAGGACAGGUGACCUAUGCAUCAGCAAUCAAUGCAUACUACCGUGUGGCAAACUAUCGCACAGCAGAGAAGGUGUUCGCAGAGAUGUGCGAGAAGGGUUUCAACAGGUGCGUUGUGGCAUACUCCACCAUGAUUGCGAUGUACGGGAAGAUGGGUAGAGUUGGGGAUGCAAUGCGGCUGUUGGGGGAAAUGAAGGAGAGGAAGUGCAAACCCAACAUUUGGGUGUACAAUUGUUUGCUUGAGAUGCACGGUAGGGCGAUGAAUGUGAGGCAGGUGGAGAAGAUAUGGAGCGAGAUCAAGAGGAAGGGAGUCGGGCCUGACAAGGUGAGCUACACCAGCCUCGUGAGCGCGUACAACAAGGUCAAGGACUUCGACAAGUGUGUUGAGUAUUUCGAGGAGUACAGGACGGUGAUGAAUGGUGAUGGCGUGGAUAGGAAGAUGGGAGGGAUAAUGGUGGGUGUAUUCUCGAAGAUGAGUUUGAUAGAGGAGAUGGUGAAGCUGUUAAGAGACAUGGAGUCGGUUGGGACUGGUUUGGAUGCGAGGCUUUAUGCGACGGCUUUGAAUGCGUUGAGAGAUGCUGGGCUCGAGUCACAGUCAAAAUGGUUGAAGGAGAGCUUUCAAGCUACUUGA